UGCUCUCUGCCUUACCGGACACUGAGCUGAGAGUUAAUUUGUUAGUUGUUAUUUGUUUGUUAGUUCCCACAUAACAGGGAUUGUUGCCUUCAGGCUUUAUAAAUGAGCCAAGAACACUGCUGAUAAUCCCAACGCUGCCUGGAUCCACCCUGUUGGUUUUUUUUUUUGUUUUUAGUUUUUUUUUAAAUAUAUAUUUUAAGUAGUUAUCUUCUUCUAACAGCAAGUUGCUUUCCGUUUUACACUCUCUAUUGCAGGAAUACAAGUCUAUUGUUUUCUAGUAAUUUUGCUAUUCUUGCACAGAGGAUGUUGUUAUAUGUGUGUUUUUUCCUGUAGCAAGUACAAGUUGUGCUUGAGGUUCAGAUUAGAUAUGAGUUGGGAAAAAUAGGAUAAGAUCUAACUGGACACAUCCUCCAAUUUUUCUGCUAAUUUUUUCUAUUGACUGAGGAGGACACUGGGUUUAUUUUUUCACCCUGGAUGUGACACUUUGAGCCAUGCCACCGCCACCACUGCUGCUGCUGCUGCUGCUGCUCUGCCUGCAUACUUCACUGCAAGAACAGACUUCCCCACCUGGUCGAUGUGAUAUCUCCCAAAGGUUGGACGUAUACACCUCCUGCACUUCAUGUGCUGCAGCCACCACUGUCAGUUGCCCUCACGGGUUCAGCAAUGUGGGCACCACCAACUGCAGUUACGUGGUUCAGAUCGGCGGCAGAGAGAUGGAGCUGGAUGGAUGUCAGCACAUCUGUGUGAAGAGGUUCAUGCAGCCACUGUGCUGUCCCCAGCACUGGGGACCACUGUGUCUCCCCUGUCCCACCUGGUCAGGGAAGAACUGUAACUUCCAUGGAGCCUGUCUGGAUGGAGACAGCGGCAACGGGACCUGUGUCUGUGAUGACGGCUUCUUCGGGUUUGCCUGUCAGGAGUGUAAGAAUCAGAACGCCUUUGGAGAAAAUUGUGAUAAAGAGUGUGACUGUGUGCAUGGAGUGUGUAAUAAAGGUCCGGAGGGUGAUGGAAAGUGUUUGUGUCAGCCACCGUACUCUGGGAAGCGGUGUGACCAAGUGAGCACCAGGUGCAGUAGCUGCAGCCCGUACUCCUUCUGUGAGGGAGAGGGAGACGCCGCACGCUGCGAAUGUUUGCCCGGAUACAGGAAGACUCCACAGGGCAAAUGCGCAAGUGUUUGUUCAGGGAGUGACUGUGACGUCAACGCCCAGUGCUCCUCACAGGGGUCAAAGGUCAGCUGUGCUUGUAAGCCUGGCUAUGAGGGAGACGGCAAGAUCUGUGUACCCAAAAACCUUUGUUUAGAGAACAAUGGAGGGUGUCCCAUCAACUCCACCAUCUGUGUCUUUAAAGGACCCAACAAGUCCAGCUGUGAGUGUAUGCUUGGCAUGUCUCCUAUAGGUGACAGUCCUGAGUUUGGCUGUCAGCUGGUUUCUGCCUGCUCAGCAGACACCUGUGACCCUACAGCUCUCUGUCAGACUGAACUGGAUGGACAGCCCAGGUGUGUCUGUGAGGUGGGUCAGAUUGGCGACGGCCGGCGUUGCUAUGGUAACCUGAUGGAGCGUCUUAUAGAGCUUGGCAGGAGUGGAAGCUACAGAGAAAAUCUGACCGAAACCAUCUCUCUGUUUGAGAGAGGCUGUGCACAGCUGCUGAGCCACAAUGGACCUUUCACAGCUUUCAUCCCCCUGCUGAAAACACCUCUAACUGGUGUUAAUGAGGAGCUGGUAUGUAGAAACCACCUGAUCCUGGGUCAGCACCUCUACAAGGAUCUGGAGGGACGAGACUUUAACCUGUUCGGAGGAGCCAAGUUGAGGAGCAAAGACAACAAGAGGUUCAUCCUGAUGGACAACCCCAGCCGACUGUACGCCGUCCUCCAGGAAGACCUGCCAGCAGCCAAUGGGAUCAUCCACAUCAUCAACCAGCCAAUCACAACCACAAUCUCUGACACGUCCCCUCGUGACGAACAAUUUGUUGAUAAGACGAUCAGAGAGAUUCUGACUAAGGAUGGAAAAUACAACCGCUUCUUGUCUCUGGUUGAUAACUGCGGGUCUCCCCUUCCUCUGCGGGGCCCGGGGCCCCUGACUGUGUUCGUCCCCACUAACCAAGCUGUGGACCGAGCCAGAGAUGGCAGCAUCCUGUACAUGAUGAACGAUGCCAAAUAUAAACUUCAGGAGCUCCUCAGACACCACAUUUUCUCCCAAGCUGUGCUGACAGUCGACGAGUUGGCUGCUCUGCCUAAGAUUCUGACGAUGGCCAAUCAGAUCAUCACCAUUACCGUUUCUGAUGAUGGUGAGAUCCUGCUGGGGGAGAAGGGCAUCCGUCUGGUGACCAGCAACAUUGUGGCUUCCAACGGGAUCAUCCAUAUGAUUGACGGGCUGCUUUACCCGCCCUCCAUCCUCCCCAUCCUGCCUCACCGCUGUGAUAUCAUAGAGAGCAAGAUCACCGUGGGUCCGUGUGUUCACUGCAGUUACCUUUAUGAGACAGAGUGUCCAGAUGGCACCACUGAAAUGGACAGUCAUCAGAUCGGCUGUGAUUACGUCACGUCUCCUCUGAAUCCAACGCUCAGUAAAGGCUGCGCCAAAUUCUGCAACACCACCAGACGGGUACAAGAGUGUUGUAAAGGUUUCUAUGGUCCGGACUGCAAACCCUGUAUUGGAGGCUUCCAGCAUCCCUGCUACGACAAAGGAACUUGCUUUGACGGUAUCCAUGGCAAUGGAUCAUGCAGCUGUCAGUCGCGCUUCAAGGGUAUCGCCUGCCACAUCUGCUCAGAUCCAUCCAAGCAUGGAGACAACUGUGACGAAGAGUGUCGGUGUGUCCACGGUGCGUGUGAUAACCGUCCAGGCUCUGGUGGUGUGUGCCGGAGGGGAUCUUGUUUGGAGGGAUACUCCGGAGACAACUGUGACAAGACGGCCACGCCCUGCAACUCCGACGGACUGCAGGAACACUGUCACAUCCACGCGUACUGUACACACACAGGACUGCGUACUACGUGUGUGUGUAGGGAUGGAUACGAGGGUGACGGUCACUCCUGUACUCCCAUUAACCCCUGCCUGAAGAGCAACCGAGGAGGCUGUCACACCAGCGCAGAGUGUGUGUACGUGAGUCCAGGCAACGCGUCCUGUGUGUGUGUUGAGGGUUGGACAGGUGAUGGCAAAGUGUGUGUAGAGAUCAACAACUGUGAGCUGGAGAGUCGUGGAGGUUGCAGCCCCAACGCCAACUGUAACCACAUCGGGCCGGCACAGAGUGAGUGUGUCUGUAAAACAGGUUACAUGGGGAACGGGAUCGUUUGUGACCUGAUCAACCCCUGUCUCGAAAAGAACGGAGGCUGCCAUGGCAUGGCAAAGUGUGAGAUGAAGAGCAGUGGCACUCACACCUGCACCUGUCCUGAUGGCUAUGCUGGAGAUGGAACCAUCUGCUAUGGAUCAUUACAUGAGGAACUGGACAUGAACCCAGUGCUGUAUAGUUUCUUCCGACUGAUUCAGAAGUACAAUCACUACUCUGAGGACCUGAGUGGGAACCUCACAGUGUUGGUUCCGUCCAGAGAAGCUCUGAGGAACAUAAGUUCGGAGCAGAUCUCGUUCUGGACCAGCCGACACCACCUGCCUCACUUCCUGCGGGUCCACAUCCUGCAGGGGAUCCACUCUGUAGAAGACCUGGGCAGACUUGUGGGCAGCAGGCUGCCCACCCUCAACCCCCCCACCAACUGGGAGAUCAGCAACAGCACCGGGGUGAUACGCAUUGGAAACGCCUCCAUCCUCACACACAACCUACCUGCAAUCAAUGGCUACAUUCACAUCAUAGACCAGAUUCUGGCUCCACCACACUCAGACCUCCCCCCUGAGCCUCCCACGCUGAUGGCCUUCCUGAACUCCUCCUCCAACUUCACCCUCUUCAGACAGUACGCUCUGAUGUACAACCUGUCAGGGGACUUGAGUAUGUUUGAAUUCACCCUCUUGCUGCCGACAGACGAGGCCAUCAGGCAACACCUCAGCAAGACUAACUCCUCCCUCCUGGACUCUGAUGUGUUCAAGUACCAUGUGAUUCUCAAGGAGCUGCUCUUUCCUGACCACCUGGCUGACGGCACGUUGAAAAGCACUCUGCUGGGCAGCGACUACCAGGUCCAGUUCCACUUAAACAACAACAACCAGACAGUUGUGAACGACGUUCCACUUGACGGACGUUUUAUUGAGACGCAGUAUGGUGUCAUCAUGGUCCUCCCUCAGGUCCUCAAAGUCCGCCGCAACAGAUGCAGCAAACAGGUCACCCUGCAGGUCAAUGGAAGGUGUUCAGACUGUAGUGGACCACCUCGAUGCCUCUUCAGCUACACACCAAUCAAAGAACAGUUUCCUUCCAACAUGCGGUCCAACUGUAGAUACAGGAAGCGAGUGGGCUCCAGGAGGAAGUCAGUACCAGGCUGCAUCAUCAAAUGUCUUCGGUUAACCACGGAUCACUCCUGUUGCCCCGGCUACUAUGGCCACGAGUGCUUCAAAUGCCCCGGGGACGUUGGCAACUGGUGCUCCAAUCACGGGGAGUGUCAGGACGGUAACCAUGGCAACGGAGAGUGUCGUUGCUACGAGGGUUUCCAUGGCACCGUGUGCGAGGACUGUGAGCCGGGACGAUAUGGAGUCAACUGCUCCUCCAAGUGUGUGUGUGAACACGGGAAGUGUGAGGAUGGUCUUGCAGGAAGUGGCAGGUGUGUGUGUAAUAAAGGUUGGAAAGGAGCAUCCUGCUCCGUAGAGAUCAAGGAUGACGCGUGUGGAGGUGUGUGUGACGAGAACGCUAACUGUAUAACAGGCCCAAAGGGAGCAGCUGCUGCUUGUGUGUGUGUGGCUGGAUAUGAAGGCAACGGAACUCACUGCAAAGAGAUGGAUUUGUGCAGCAGGUCUAACGGUGGAUGUUCAGAGUUUGCCGUCUGUACGAAAGUCUCAGCAGGAGAGAGGACCUGUACCUGCAGAGAGGGGUACACUGGAGACGGGGUCAUCUGCCUGGAGAUGGACGGCUGUCUGGUAAACAAUGGAGGCUGCCACAUAUCGGCAGACUGCAUCAGAACAGGCCCCAACACUACGGCUUGCAGGUGUCAGCUGGGCUUCCAAGGAACAGGGAGGUUCUGUUAUCCUGUCAACCCCUGCAGAAACAACAAUGGCGGCUGCAGUAAGCAUGCUCGCUGUGAGUACAUGGGUCAUGGCCAGAGGAACUGCACCUGCUUGAGAGGCCACGUAGGCGAUGGCUUUGAUUGCCGGGGAAACACCAACAAUGAGCUGUUCCGGAAGCCAGAGAAUGCCUUCUUCCGUCAAAUGCUAUCCCAAUCAGACGUUCGAAACCUUUAUGGUGAAGGACCGUUCACUGUCUUCGUCCCUGUAGAGGAAACUAACAACGAGUCCACUAUCACAGAAUGGAAGUCGUUUGGUCGUCUCAGUGACCUCGUCCGUUACCAUGUCGUUUCCUGUGAGACUUUGACCUUGAGUGACCUCAAAACCACUGAGCGCGCUGUGUCGUUGUCUGGAUACACACUGCACUUCAGCCUGCAGCAGGGUUCAGUCUGGGUCAACAACAGGUCGAGGAUCCUGAGGAGUGAUUACACCACCUCGAACGGAGUCAUCCACCACAUCGACACGCUGCUGACGCCUUUCAGGCUGCAGGACAGAGCACGCCUCGAAUCUAACACGAUGAACUUCACCUCAGCAGCCACGUUUUAUGGCUACAGUCGCUUCUACAAACUCGUGGAGGAUGCAGGGUUACUCCCUGUGCUCCAGAUGUCCAUCCACCAGCCGUUCACCAUGUUUUGGCCCACAGACGAGGCUCUCAGCUCCCUGCCAGCUGAACGGCAGCGCUGGCUCACCAGCCCCGACCACCAAGAAGAGCUGGCUGCUACUGUGAAGGCUCACAUCAUACGCAACUCUAGGGUGAUGGGUGUCAGUCAGCCGGAUAGAUACUCGUCGUUCCGCACCAUGCAUGGCUCCACCAUCAAGUACAGCUGUGACAAGACUCUUGUGGGGGCUGUAUUGAUUAAUGAUAACGCGGCCAAGGUGGUGGAGCGCUACCUGACCUUCAAAGAGGGCCUGGCCUAUGCCAUCGACCAGUUACUGGAACCACCUGGCCUGGGAGCGCACUGCGACAGCAUCGAGAACAGAACUACUUAUGGGCGCUGUGGACGCUGCUUCUUCACCCCAUCCUGCCCCCUCAGACACCACGACAUGGGAAAGACGGAGCGUUGUUUCAACUUUCGCUCCAGACAUGGGAUUGGCUACCCACAUUGGUAUCCUGACCUGGACGAUCAUUUCAGCCGGACGGGCUGUAGGAGAGUUUGUCAGUUUCCUUCAUGGGUCCAGAAGUGCUGCAAAAACCACUAUGGCCGAGACUGUCAAGUUUGUCCAGGUGGUGUGGAGGCCCCUUGUGGCAACCAUGGUGAGUGCGACGACGGUCUGCGUGGUUCAGGAAGAUGUAGGUGCCACGACGGCUUCAGAGGAGCAGCCUGCGAACUGUGUGGCACUGGCUACUACGGUCCCAACUGCACAGCCUGUAGCUGUGGGAAGCAGGGAAGGUGUGACGAGGGCAUUGAAGGUUCUGGACAGUGUGUCUGUAACACGGGCUGGGAGGGCGAUCGCUGCCAGAACGAAAUACGCUUGAUCCCAGAGGAGUGUCGGCAGUGCCAUGCUCAGGCCGACUGUGUGCCAGGUGUUGGUUGUCAGUGUAAAUCUGGGUUUCAGGGGAACGGCACCUUCUGCAGCCCAGAGCCACCCCCCGACCUCUGCUCAGAGUAUAAUGGCGGCUGUCACCAGAACGCAGACUGUAACCAGGCAGGACUGGUUGUCAACUGCACCUGUCACAGUGAUUACCAAGGAGAUGGUUACUCCUGCGAGCCCAUCAACAGGUGUGUUGAGGAGCAGAAUGGCGGCUGCAGUGACUUCGCCUCCUGCAAGUUCACAGGUCCAAACCAGCGUGACUGUGAGUGCCUGCCGGGGUACGUGGGUAAUGGAGUCCAGUGUAUGGAGAAGGUGGUGCCCCCUGUUGACCGCUGCCUUGAGGACAACGGAGGCUGUGACCCAGUGGCUACCUGCAAGGACCUCCAUUAUCAUGCCAACACAGCUGGAGUGUUCCACCUGCGCUCUCCAAAGGGAAAGUACCAGAUGAACUUCAGUCAGGCCGAUGCCGCCUGCCAGGCCGAGGGCGCCACGCUGGCCAACUUUAAACAGAUGGGAGACGCACAGCAGCUGGGGAUGCAUCUGUGCGUGGCCGGCUGGAUAGAGGGGGGAAAGGUGGGAUACCCAACCCGCUUCCCCUCGGUCAACUGUGGAGACUACCACGUGGGCCUGGUUAUGUACAAGGACCCUGUGGACCAGAGCAGCAAGUACGACGCCUACUGCUACAGGGUCAAAGAUGUUUCGUGUACGUGUCCCGCUGGAUACAUUGGAAACGGAGACUUCUGUAACGGCGUCCUGACCAGCGUCCUCGCAACGUACAGCAACUUCUCCAUCUUUUACAAGUUUCUGUUGGAUUAUAGCAGCUCGAGCUCAGACGGCGAACGGCUCGUUGAAUUUCUAUCUCACAAGAAGUCUGAGGUCACGCUCUUUGUUCCUCAUAAUGCCGGCUUCACCCCAAACCAGACUCUGUCCGGUAGAGAUCUUGAAUAUCACAUCUCAGCCAAUCACAGCAGACGGCCAUUCAAGGACCUGAGACAUCAAGAAGUCAUCAAAUCGAGACUCGGGUUCAACCUGACAGUUACCGAGGGCAAAAACGAGAGCUACAAACAGGUGAACAAGCAGCUGCUGGUGGAGUGGGACAUUCCUGCUGUAAACGGGAUCAUUCACGUCAUUGAGGCCCCGCUGAUAGCGCCCCCACCCCCGAUCUCCCAUGAUGCUUCCCGAAGCCACGCCCACUCCAGCGGCACAGCCUCCGCCGUCUUGGUGUCGGUCUUGCUGGCGUGUGUGUUGGCAGCGCUCGGCUACUACGUCUUCAAACACAAGACCGAUGCUUUCCGCUUCCACUACUUCAGAAAUGAGGAUGAGGACGGUGCAGCAGGCGGCACGACCAAACCCACGCUGGUCUCAAUCCCUAACCCUCUGUACAGCGGCUCCAGGGCCUUCGCCGAGCCGUUCGGGGACAACAGUCAGGGUGGGGAGCCGGCAGAACCUGAAGAACCUCCAAAUAUUCUGGACCUGGACCCACAAAACUAGUUCAAGCAGGAAAACUAGAGGUGUCUGUUUACAAACCACAGUAACGCUUUACCUAUAUCAUGGUUCAGCUUUAUGCAUUUCGUCUAUAUUCAAAUAAGAAUUAAAAGUUGUCAGUUUACUUAGUCCAGAUGUUGUCUGGAAGAAAAACCAAAUCAGUAUUUUUUUUUUAUGAGCAGUCAAUGAUUCUGUGUAAUGUGAUAUCACUGUGAAUGUGAUGAUCACUGUGAAACCUCCAGGGCAUUAUCAGCAACUCUGCAGCUCUAUGAUGAUUUUUAGGCUUUUAGCUUCUACUUUUGGUUUUAUGGCACAUUUAUUAUACUGUUCAGUCUCAGGCAGCUGUUAUCAGACAAAAUGCUUUAAAAACCCACUGUACACUACCUGUCGAGCACCAAACAGCAGACAGACACAGUUAGAGACCAGCUGGUGAACAUAAUGGAGCAUUUAACAGCUAAAGAGCCAGAUAUUUUCCUCAGGAGUUGGUAGAGACCAAAAAUGGAGCUAAAAGAGAGUGAAUAUUGAAGUUUAAAUUCAUCAGGUGGACACAAACACAACUUCAAUAGGACGAUCUUGUUUCUCUGUGUCUACAGGAUAUGGAUCUGUAGGCAGCAGUUUGAUAAUAUGUUAGCCACAUCUACUUUGCUUUUAUUGUAAUAAACAAAAACCAGAAUUACUGACUGACUCUACUGCAAUGGGCAUAUGAUUUUAAGGGCUUAUGGAGAAGUUGUCAGCAAACAUAACAUUAUCAAGUCACAAGAGCUGUGUUUGUUUCCACCUGAGUCUAAUAUUCACUCCAUUUUUUGCUCAGGUUUGUUCUCCACCAACUCCGGAGAACAACGUCUGGCUCUUUAGCUGCUGAAUGCUCCACUUUGCCCACUGUGUUUGUCUGCUGAACUGAGAUCAGCUGCUCAACAUUUCAUACAAGCGAGGUUCUGAGUCGAGAGAGCCAAAGAAAAAAAAAAGGUCGACAGUUGGUCGUCAAUUCAAACACAAAUCCUGACACAUCUCGUUCCUCUGUGCCACAGAGCUCCACUGUUAUCCAGAAACUAUUGAAAACAUCAGUGAGUUGCUCUGGGUGACAUGUUCCUUCAUUACCAUGAACACACACUGCAGUUUAUUUUGACUCAGUCCCGCACACACACCAUUCUGCUGCAGGAAAAACUCACUAGAGCAACAAAUUUGGAUUAAUCUUCCACUGAAAACAGUCCACAGCAAAGUGUCUAUUUCCUCUUGUUGGCAAAAGCACAGUGAUCAGCUGUUUUAGGAAACUUACUGAGCUUUUUAAGAAAUUAAACUAUAUUCGAGAGCAGCUUUUAAAGAUUUAUGUCUUCAGAGAGAACAAACAGGAUGAGAAGAACAACAGCCUCGUCUUUUAACUCUGAACACUAAACACAAAGUACUGUCACACUGGAGCAGCUGCAUUUUCUCAAACCACCAAAAUGUCCACCAAAAAAAAUCACAACCUCUGAGAAGAUGUUAAACUCCAUCCAUCUGCCUCUCUGCUGCUUUUUUUCAGUCCUCAAUCAGUAACAGUGUUGUUUUCAGCAGUGAGACUUGGUGAAUGUGCCAAGUUUGUCAGAAAACAGUUAAAUGACAUUAGAGGUGGCGUUGAGGAAAUCACAGCAGUCUCGUCAGAGACUGACCAAAAGACAGAGAACAAAACCAAAAGAAGUUGUUGUGAUGCCCUACUCAUCUGAAGAUGCAUGUGCAGUCAUGCAUGCACACACAUAAAUCUAGGAAAAUUUUGUUUACAUGUCUAAACAUAUUUUGAUCUGCAAAUCAGUUCAGUCUGAUAGCAUAAUGAAUUUCAGUUCCACAGUUUUCUGGAAGUUAAAAAUGAUGGAUUCUGUGAAAUAAAGAUACAAAAAUUCAA